AUGCGCUGGGUCAACAAGCCGCAGACUCGCGGACUCUGCAAGCGAACCCUCCACGGGCACCUCGCCGGCACCUUCGGGGCGGUGUGGGCGCGAGGAGGACGGGGGGUGAUAUCGUGUUCGGAAGACCGGACCCUCAAGGCCUGGUCAGCCAUCACAGGCGAGUUCCUGCGAGACCUGGGCGAGCACGAGAAAGCAAUUCACGUCCUCGCAUCCUCUCCGUGGGGUGAGACGUUUGCAAGCGGCAGCGAGGAUGGAGUGGUCAAGGUCUGGUCAAUCUCGUCGGCGUCUGAGAUCGCAACGGUGGUUCCCUUCAGGCUGGGUGUCUCUUCUAUCGACGUCGCUUUCUACAACAACUCGAUGCUCCUCGCGACUGCUGGUGGCGAUGCUGUCAAGCUCUGGCGUUUACCCACGCUUGACAAGCGAGGCGGGCUAUACGGGCACAAGAAGCGAGUGAGUGCGGUCAGGUUCUGCCCGUCAGCUCCAGUAGCAGCGACCGGCUCGUGGGACAGCAGCGUCAUGGUGUGGGCUCAGAGCUCCCCGCUCGUGUGGCUCAACGUCCAGGUCCUCUCCGGUCACAGCGACAUGGUCCGCUCCCUUGCCUGGUCUCCUCAAGGCAGCACCCUCGUGUCCGCCUCCUCCGACAAGACCGUCAAGAUCUGGAAGGGCUCGGAGGCGCCCGAGGUGUCGGAGUGGAGGCUGGCGGCGACGAUCGAUGGACAUACGGACGCGGUGACGGAUGUGAAGUUUCAUCCGCAAGGUCAGACAGUCUUGACGUGCAGCCGCGACAGCAAAGUCAAGCUCUUCGAUACCAACGUUCCCUUCGAGACCUCCCCCGUCGUCUCCCACUCGCUGCCGGUGCUGCUGGCUGCUGUGUGUGGCAAGAAGCAAGUGGCAGUCACGGUGUCGGAGGAUCAGGAGGUGAAGGUGUGGGAGUACACGACAGGCACGUUCCUUGUGUCGCAGAGCUCGAGCCACAGCUCCGGUAUCAGUGCGAUAGCCCUGUCGAGCGAUGGGAGGUUCGUGCUGACGGGGGGAAGAGAUGGGGCGAUAAGGAGGCGCGAGAUUCAAGGGCUCGCGCCUGCUGGUGUGCAGCAAGAGGUGAAGAGAGCGCACCAGGGAGGAGUGGCGGUGCUGGAGCACCACAGGGAAGAGAGCUUCCUGCUGUCAGCUGGAAGGAGCGACGGGAGGAUCGUAGUCUGGGAAUCGGAGGCUCUUCUCGACCUCGCGGUGCUGGUGGUCGGGGAAGGGUCAGUCAUCUAUCGGGCCCUCUUCUCCUCGGACUCGAAGUUCGUGAUCUCAGCAGACGACAAGCGAGGGAUGCGGCUGUGGAACAUCGAGACAGGGCGAGAGGUGUUCGCUCAGACCCUCGGGUCCUCGGAGAAGCUUGCCAAGGUCGACUUCUCAAGCGACGGGAGGUUCAUCGCCACUGUCAAGACGAGCAGCGAGCAAAUCGAGGUGUGGGACGCGAGCGGGGGGGGGCUGAAGGGCUCGCUGAAGAAGCACCAGGGGAAGGUCGUCGACACGUCCUUCUCCACUGACGGAAAGUUUCUGAGCUCCAUCGCCACAGACAAGAACUUGAUCGUCUGGCGUCUGAGCUCCCUGCGGCCCUUGUGCUCCUUUUCCCUCGCUCAGUCGCCUUGUUGCUUGUGCGCCUACCAGGCGUGGCCCUGCCUGGUCGUGGGCGAUCAAAUCGGCAGCGUCUUCUUCCUCACCUUCGUCGAGCCACAGCCUCCCGAAGAAAGCGACGAGGAGGACUGA